AUGGCUCCUCAAACCGCACCGGCGACACCCGCCACUCCUUCGCCGUCAAAGUUGGCGAAGAAGCGCGAAAAAGCCGCUGCUGCGGCGAAGGAAUGGUUCCAGAACGCGGGUCCGGUGACUCAGACAGAAAUGAGGAAUCCCGAGGGACUUGUGCUUUACGGCCACCACUGGGUUGUUCCCGAUGCUCGCGCGAAAGUGGUUUUGUGUCAUGGCUAUGGCAUGCACGCGCGGUUCGACUACCUGCGCCACGACCCUGAAAACCUGAAGAGCCCACCCGUGUACGAAGGCUCCUGGGUACACAAACUCAACAACGCACAGUGCAGUGUGCACUGUUUAGACCAGCAAUCGUUUGGCCUAUCGGAAGGCCACAAGGGGAAGAAGAGCCAUAUUCUCGACAUGGAGGAUCUCCCACGGGAUACACUGCAGUUCCUGUACGAGCAAGUACUCCCCAGCCAGGAUCCGAAUCUCCCCAUCUUCAUUUGCGGUAUCUCCCUCGGAGGAUGCAUCACGGCGCGCGUCGUCCAGCUUGCAGGAGGCGGCCCCUCGUGCAAAAAGAGCAACAAAGUGGCGGCAUCGGGCGAAGGUGCGCCAGAAAAGAGGCCUUUGCCCCUGAGAGGAGCGAUCUGCAUGGCUCCGCUCUUCCGAAUGGACAGACUGAAGAAGAAGAACAAGCGUUUGCUUCCGCUCGCCCGUGCGCUCUCCGCGAUCGUACCAUCUCUCGAAGUGGGAAAGCCCGCGAAGAAUCAAAUGUAUCCUUUCUUCCACGACCUCAUCGAAAUUGACCCUCUCUGCUACACGGGCAAGUCCAGAGCACGGCUGUCGCAUGAGCUGCUUCGCGUUGUGGAAACAGUGCAGACGCAGGCGCCUUUCCUUGCGUUCCCGGAACCGGCUGUGAAAACGAAGGACUCUCCUCUUCCAUAUCCCUUCUACGUCCCUGAGACGCCGUCCUUGCUGAUCGUGCACUCCAAGAACGACACCUUCGUAGACCCCGAAGGCUCCGUGAUCGUUGCAGCCACGCUGGGAGCAAAGAUGGACGGUAGCCAGGAGACCCUUGAGAAAUACCAAGCUGAGUACGACAACGUGGCCAAGUCGGGGAAUGUCGUAAACCAUCCGGACGCGAAUAUGUGGCUUCUCGACAACAUGUGGCACUGCCUCUCCAAGGAGUUGCCAGAAGGCGACUUGCUCAUGGAUCGUGUGAUCCGUGAUUGGCUUCGACCGCGAAUGGGUGCGGGGCCCGAUGCGAAGGCAAUGAAGGAGGCUAAAGAGGAGAAGGAGCAAAAGAAAGAAGUGCAGGAGGAGACGCCUGAGAAGCCCACAGGCAAGGAAGAGGCACCUUCCGGCUCCCAAGAGGGCGAGGCUGCGUCGAAAGAUGCACCUGUGACGGAAGGUGAGUCCGCUCCGGCGGAACCCCAGGAGGCGCCGGCCGGUCAACUUGAGUCGCCACCUCAAGCUGUCGAAAGCUCUCCACCCGACGUGCCUGCCCAAAGUGAGGCGGAGCCUCAGGAACAGCAAGACACAGCGCCAAAUCACCGGGAGCCUGCAACUCCAGAGCCCCAGCAGGCUACACCCGCACCAGUGUCCCAGGCAGCCACACCACAGCCCGAAGCGUCAGCCAGCGGUGCUGAGCAGUCCAAAACUCCCGACCCUGAGAGCCGAGCCGGGGAUGCUGAAGGCGCUGGCGCGGCUGCUUCGGGGGACAACGUGCAGCAAGAUGCUGCCGACGGAGAAGCUCCAGUGCCCCGUGGGCCAAUGGAGUCACACUCAGACGUAAAUCUGUAG